AUGAUGCUUUAUGAGAGCAAUGAUGAAUUGGCAGACGACAUGGAGGAGAAGCUGCCGUACGUUGGACUCGUGAAUCAAGGCAGUACUUGUUAUUUAAACUCUGUUAUACAGGCGCUCUUUCACCUGCCAUCCUUUCGUCAGACGCUAUACUUCAUGGCGCAUCCCGAGCGCGAUCCCAUUAUAUUGGCAUUGAGGAAUAUAUUUUCACAACUUCACUGUGCGACGCCGUUGGUAUCAACGAAGGAGCUAACGGAUGCCUUUGGAUGGGGUGCCAACGACGCUUGGGUGCAGCACGAUGUGCACGAAAUGAUGCAGAAGCUAUUUGAUCGUCUGGAAACUAUCUGUAAAGGAACUCCUCAGGAGAAUUUUAUUCGUGAUCUUUUUUACGGUGAAUUAACGUAUAUUACGCGUGCCGUGGACGGUGUGGACUACAUCUCGUACAGAAACGAAGGGUUUUAUGACGUGGAACUGCUGGUGAAAAACAUGGACACAAUCUAUGAAUCCUUUGAACUCUGGGCCAAGCCCGAACGUAUCGAGGGAGUCUCACUAGAGAUAACUAAAGGGGGGCCCUGCACAAGUCACACAGUUGAGCGGAGUCAGCGUUUUGUGCGCCUGCCACCGGUUUUGCUAAUUCACCCCAAUCGCGCAGAGUUUUCUAUGGAAACCUUUACGGUGAGAACACUGCCUGGUAAGUGGACAUUUCCAACGUCUCUCAAUCUUGAGCCGUAUGUUCUUCCAAUGGAAUUGGAAAAAAAUGGUGGAACUGGUUUGAGUCCUUUUUAUGAAUUACGUUCUAUUGUAGUACACCAGGGUAUUGCGGAAAAUGGGCAUUACUUUGCAUAUGUUCGUUUUGGGGAUCAAUGGGUCUGUUUUAACGAUAUGUAUGUGUUUCGUGUAUCAGAGGAAGCUGUCAUGACUUCAGCUUCGUGUAGCAGCGACACGGAAAGCCUUAACAAGGGGUCCAAUGAACGGGCAUCACUUCUUGUUUAUGUCAACACGUCAGUAUCAAAGGACAUAUUGACUGAAGACUUUGUCCCUACGCAUAUUAAGGCGGUUGCGGAGGAGAUAUUAGCUGAACGUGAGCGCAUACAAAGGGAAAGAUGUGAGACUGUUACAUUUCGAUACAUCACAGAAAGAGAGUCUCUUGUUGAAGCUUUGGAUGAUCCAUAUGACCCACCAGUUAAUGUGAAAAGCACAAGCGUGCCUACCUUCUUUAGUAUAGAAGAAGUUCAUGCUGCCAUUGCUGAAGACAUUGGACAAUCUCCCGAUAGAAUUCGUGUGUGGAUGUACGAUGGCGGCAUCGCCGCUGAUGUCUUUGAAGCUCAUCUCCACAAUGACACAAAUCGUCGUGAGAUUCUUUUUGUGGAGAUCCUCCCGGAUAAAAAGGAGAAGUUUUCUCAAAUGUCAGUUGAAAACGCAUUUUUUGCUCUUGUUCGCAUUAUUCAUGAAGAUUCACUGGGGCCUUGCAAAAUCAUUCACACGCGUAAGGAUUUAGAGAGACUCAUAGGGGAAAGCGAGGAGGAAAACAAGUGCUUGAUUUGCUUGCAAGGCCCAAGUUUAUGGGAGGUUUCGGUUGAUAGGGUUUUGGUAGGCGGCAAUGUGAUAUUGUGCCCAGUAUCCAUGAAAAAAGAGCAUGCGUUGGAGUUGUUGCGUCAGCGUAAAUUCAAGGAGGUUGAGGUUCUUCUUCUUGACCGUCGUGGUACGGGGAUGUGGACGCCCACAGGCACCAUUCGUCUUGAUGCAAAGUCGUCUUAUGUCGAUGCGCAGAAGAAGGUUUAUGAGCAUUUGGUCGCGGCCCAUCAUUCUCCUCCAAUAUCUCCAGAGUACAUUGGUUUUCACUGUGCUGGUUCCCACGCUCGAAAUCCAUCUAUUGCCGUAUUUCCGCCCUCCUUUUUGGGCUCUAUGAAAGAGGGGAUGGUUAGCCUCCUAUGGCAUGGCGAGGACACAAUGGAGCUGUUUGUGACGCUACUUCCGGCCCCGUUGAGCUCCAUUGACACACUGCGUGUUGUGUUGCUGAAUGUUGGUGGGGGCAUACGCCCCGCGGUGCACGUGGAGGGGAGGUCGUACAAAUUAGGUGAACUAUUUCGUCUUGCAAUGCAACAGACAUCUUCAUGUCUCCCCACUGACCUGUUUAAUUACAUUAUGUAUCGCCUUCAGAAGCGCAUUCCGGUGUUACGCCUCAUUAUGAUUCCUAAUGAAAAAAACCAACGUGUGUUUGAAAAUGAGGAUGAUGAAGUGUUGGAGUGUAUUGGUUUGUAUGUGAUGGAUGUGCUUGCAGAGAUAAGGAAAGGGUUUUUUCGGGUAGAUGUCGUCUUUUAUGAUCGACGAUCAGGGGAAGGGCGUUUUGGCUUCCCGACGAAUAUUGCGCUGACAGAGUCGUACAAAGAGACGGGGAUGGAGAUUGCCCAACGGGUGGCUGAGAAGAUCAAAGCGACUGUAAGCGUAGAGGAGAUUGGGCGAUGGAUUGUUGCUGUGAAGGGCAAAUCCGGCGUUAUUCGAACAGUUGGUCCAAAAGAAGUGCUGAAGAGCAUUAUGAAGGAUCUUAAUGAGGAGUUGGAGUGCUUGAUGAUCGAUCGUCCACGAUCACUCUUAAUUGACGGCGUCGAUGACGUUCGACAGGGCAUUGAGCACUCCAUCAUUAUUAAAGAUCCUUCCUUGCAAGAUUCGAGGUCAAAAUCCGCGCAGCAUGGGGAAAUGUAA